AUGGAGUCAUUGAUGGAGAAGAAGAUUGAUCAAUUAAUGGGACAACCAGGUAUGGUUGGUGUUUGUGUAUCCGAUGCCAACGGUCUUUCCCUCUCGUCCAAAGGGUCUCUUAAGCCAGAGGUGGCACCAUUAGCAUCACAAUUGCUAACGUUUUGUUCCCAGCUUGAACCUUCGAGUUCUGUUCCUCCAGUAGUCAGCGUCACGAGCGACCAUGGCAAGGUGUCCAUACCGUGCAACGAAGACUUUGUGACUGUGGGAGAAGUUAUAAACUAUGUUAACGACAUUAUGCUAAAGGACUGUAAUCGACGUGAACUUCUGAUCUGUGACGGGACGAUAAGGCCAGGAGUUCUAGUGCUGGUUAAUGAUUGUGAUUGGGAACUACUUGGCUGCGAAAAAGCUCAGUUACACAAUAACGAUUUAGUUACGUUUAUAUCGACACUUCAUGGAGGCUAA